UCAGGGGAUAAUGCCUCGGCAGUCUCGGUCAAGUCCUGUGCAUUAGCAUUGUGUCCGACGGAUAAUACGGAACGAAGGAAUAGUCAAAGACUUUCUACCGAAGAAUAUGCCAGUAAAGAGCCCAGAAAAGCAUCCAUUGAGGUAGGACUGUAGCAGAAGGCAAUGGUUUAUCUUGAUAUUAUAAUAACCUUGUGAGACGUUUGAACCUCAAUACGAGACCAUUAUGUUGUUUUCUUGAAUCUUUUUAGGAGUUAAUUCCGUUUACGGGACCGGAACAGUGGCUCGUAAACCAUCCUAUAUUGAUGUUAAGGAGAUUUAAUUUAUGUAGAUGUGCUUUUUUCUCUAGCGUUUUGCCGCCGCGGACGAUUGCCUCGAUACAGUUGACAACUCGGCAGAGCCUCGUCCCUGUUCACCAGAAGAGGUCUGUAAUAAGCUGUAUCCAAUCGAAACAGUUUUUAUGCGUUAUAAUCUAUUGAAAUCAAUCUUUAAAACGUAAACCAUCUUACAUUGAUGUUAAGGAAAUUUAAUUUAUGUAGAUAUUCUUUUUUUUUUCUAGCAUUUUGCCGCCGCGGACGAUUGCCUCGAUACAGUUGAAAACUCGGCAGAGCCUCGUCCCUGUUCCCCAGAAGAGGUCUGUAAUAAGCUGUAUCCAAUCGAAACAGUUUUUAUGCGUAAUAAUCUAUUGAAAUCAAUCUGUAAAACGUAAACCAUCUUACAUUGAUGUUAAGGAAAUUUAAUUUAUGUAGAUAUUCUUUUUUUUUUCUAGCAUUUUGCCGCCGCAGACGAUAGCCUCGAUACAGUUGAAAACUCGGCAGAGCCUCGUCCCUGUUCACCAGAAGAGGUCUGUAAUAAGCUGUAUCCAAUCGAAACAGUUUUUAUGCGUAAUAAUCUAUUGAAAUCAAUCUGUAAAACGUAAACCAUCUUACAUAGAUGUUAAGGAAAUUUAAUUUAUGUAGAUAUUCUUUUUUUUCUAGCAUUUUGCCGCCGCAGACGAUAGCCUCGAUACAGUUGAAAACUCGGCAGAGCCUCGUCCCUGUUCACCAGAAGAGGUCUGUAAUAAGCUGUAUCCAAUCGAAACAGUUUUUAUGCCUAAUAAUCUAUUGAAAUCAAUCUGUAAAACGUAAACCAUCUUACAUUGAUGUUAAGGAAAUUUAAUUUAUGUAGAUGUUCUUUUUUUUCUAGCAUUUUGCCGCCGCAGACGAUAGCCUCGAUACAGUUGAAAACUCGGCAGAGCCUCGUCCCUGUUCACCAGAAGAGGUCUGUAAUAAGCUGUAUCCAAUCGAAACAGUUUUUAUGCCUAAUAAUCUAUUGAAAUCAAUCUGCAUUUAUGACUGUUAGUCUAAACCGGGUAUCUGAAGCACGUGAAUGCGGCACAUGUUAUAAUUAACUACCAAAGCAAUGGUAUCUACCAAAGAGAUAAAUAGAGCCUUAGAGAUUUCUCUAAACCCGUGCAAAGAUUCUGCGGACGAAAUAUUACAACAGGAAACUUUAUUUUCUUCAGCAAAUAUCAUAUGAAGAUAUGUUGUGGGCGUGGCUGCUUCUAGUCUUGUAGCUAUAACUGGUUCUCCUCUGGCGAAUCUGCAGCUCAGUUUGACAUUUUUUUUGUUAUUCCUUAGAAGAAGGACAGUCCUGCAAAGCAGGACAAUGUGGUGAACAACUUUCCUGAUGCUGAGCCAAGCACAUCCUUUGGUAUGGCAAUGUUCUCCAACCUCGCGGCGUGGAGAGUGAAGGAUGAAACAUCAGAGGACGACAAAAGUUCUGAGGUAAGAUAUACAUUACCUCAAACAGUGAAAGUGAAAGUGAAAGUGAAAGGAUGAGACCUCGCACGUUUACUCUCAGGCUAAAUAUACUCACGAGGAUGCAGUAAUCGCUUCUAGAGACGCACCAGAAAAGGCUGAGCGCGCUUAGCCCUCUAUCGAUCUUGUAUAAAUAAAUGCCACUGUGUCAAUAUUCUCUCGUAAGCUAAGGUGAUGGAAUAAAAUAACUGUAACUUGGAAAGUACGAAGGCUAAUGACCUAAAUAGCAAUCGUUUAUAAUAAAGAACAAAGUUUCGGAGUUAGAAAUUCGGCGGGCACCCUUUAAUUUCACAAGUUUUUAUCCCAGCCUGAGUACAGCCUCCUUUACAUUAAGCAUCGUAAACAUGCUUUGAAAUACUUCAUCGAAACAUCCUCCGUCAAAAACAUUAACACUUGCAACAUUUACUGUUGUGCAUCAGGGACAAUCAGAUGAGGAUUGCGCCAAGCAACAAAGCAACAGAAAAUAUCCGCUGUCUUUUCUAGACAAAAACGCUGUGGAACCGUUGGAAAUUGGGCCUUGUAAGUCCUAAAAGUAGGGAAAGUGAUGCACACAACAAGGCUUUACACCUUAUGAAAGUCACAAACACUAGUAAAUAGCCUAUUACGGUCAUCAUGUGUUUUUUAAAGGAUUGGAUUCGAUUUCAAGGCGGUAAAGGGGUAAUCUUAGCAGGGCGGGCAAAGCGAAGCUAAGUGAGGCAAGGCUAUAACAACUUACAUAUACGUAAAAAAUCAAUAUAAGUCAUAAAAUAAAUCGUUUGUUGCAUGGUGUAGCCACCUCCAAUGUCAUUAUGUGGAGGUUUCGUUCUACUGGUCAUCUUUACGCCUCGUGUAUCGUUCAGGAUGAGUAACCUCAUCCUUUGUCCUUUUUCUUUCUCUAAAUAUUCAAAGUAACUUACUUACAUAUCUUAUACAUAUUUUCCCCCAAUAUUUUUAGCCCGGAAAGGAAAGUGGCCGACAUAUAAAUGUGGAAGCUCAAACCUGGACGGAGGAAGUCGUAAGUUUUAUAUAAAGCUAAUAAGAAGAACUUAUGUGUUUGUUAUUUGCUGUUAGUUUAACCGGAGUCAAUUGGUCGGAAGCCCUUAUUGGUUGUUUUAAGUGUUGUCCUGCAUCUGAUUGGUUAAAACAGUGUGGCGAGUUUCCCUGACCAAUCACACAGCGUUGUAAGGUAUAUUCAAUGGAAUUUGCAGAUCACUUUCGACACUCUUGUUCUAUGUUCACCGUGCUAGAUCUUUUUUUUUUCAAUCUGGAAACGAUUGCAAUUAGACGUGUGAAAAUAUUUUAAACUUGGUGAUUAAUUACAAUAGUAUGUAGCAUUUGUUUGGUUUCAUUUAAGCUACUUUCCGUUAAGAAAACAUACCUAUUUUUUGAAUUGGGUUUCUCCACAGAUGUGUAGUUAACAUUCUUUAUUCUUGUCAAAAAUAUUAAAAUUUAAGAUCUCAAAUAGGACUGUAACAAGUUUUAUUGAUAGGUUAAAGAGAGAAAACAAAACUAAAAGCUAUUCUUGAUUUAAGCAUUUAAAAACAAGGAGCCAUUCGCAACACCGGUGACCACAUCUGCGCAGGAAAGCCCCGGCUGUGAUAACGCACAGGAUGACCAAGUCACGGAAGAGAUCCUAUUUGACAGGGAGGUUCCAGAGUCCAAUCAAUAUGAAGACGCCUUAUAUCGUCUGGGUACUGAUUCAUUUAUCAUUUAAGCUCAAGACUGUAUAAAGCUUUAGGGUUUCAUACUGAUUUUUAAAACCAAGGCCAGAAAAAUUUAUUUGCAACUGCCUUAUUUUGCCUUUUUUGGUUUAUUUUUGAUGGCACUCCAGGAUGAAAUGAAAUGAUACUAUCACACGUCAGUAAGGUCUUAGACUUGUGCGCUGUAUGCCUCUCAGUUUUGAUGUAAAUACAAGUCAUUUCUUUUCUUUUUUUUUUUUUUGUAGGUGUUAAAACAGAAGAUGGCAAAGAUAUCAUCUUUAUAGAUACAGAUAAACUUCCGAAGAAAGAACAUUUCAAAAAUAAGAAGGAAUUUAAACAGGCCGUGAGAGAAUUCAUCUCGUAAGUAUCAAAAUCAUAUAAGCUCAGUCUUAAGCGCAAGAAAAUGUUUAGUGAAACAAUUACUGAAUUCGGAUUUCUCGUGCUAUUAUGAAUUAUCAAAUCUCGUGUCCGAUUAGCCUCUUUCCAAUCGGCUCUAUGUUGCAUCGUGUAAUAUGUUUGCACAACGGUUACCAACAAUAGAAUGUCUUUUUUUUUGCAGAUACCUUGAAGCUUUUAUCCUCACGUACGUGGACACGCAUCACUUUUUGAUUGUCGUUCAUGGCGGCAGUGAAAAAUGCACCAUCAAGGAUGAGCUGAGAACAAAAAUCUAUCAAAAACUAAAGACCGGGUAAUCCAAAUGAUUUUGAGAAGCAAGCAAACAUGAUAUAGAUUCUUUGACGUCAAAAUUCUGUUUUCUCACUCAGGAGUCAGUGAAAAGUCAAACAAUCGAAGAUAAAUUCCAUAUCUACUCGCACCUAUGUAUUAUUCUCUAUUUCUUUUCUAUUUCAGUUUCCUGGAUCGCUUGUCUAAAUGCAUCAUCUUCAAACCACAAAGGAAACUGAAGGCACUUGGUCUUCUCCUCCGUCCAUUUCUCAAGUGAGUGUAAAUAUUUGUUGUAUCCGUUUUGAAAAAAAUUUAGACAAAGAAGGAUUUGACAAGCAAAAAACAAUUAUUUCAUAUGCAAAGUUAUUCAGAGACGAAAUAAUACAAUUAGUAAUGUUAGCAGGAUUUAAUGGAAUCCAGUUCGGUCUGUAAUAAUACGAGUGAUAACAAAAUUGGACGAACGCGAUGAGUACGGUUACUUACAACCGAAUUGGACGACACGAAGUCUACACUAUCAAUUAAUCAUAACAAUUACAAUUUCUGAGAGAAGAAGAAAAGCCUAGGAAUGAAAGAAAGGGAAACUUUGCAUUAAUCGACUGACAAAGGAGGCGUAAAUUGUUUAAUGUCGCUCUUGAUUUAAACUACAAAAUUGGAAGGUGAUUGGCUGAUUGAAACCUCCCUCCUGCCCAGCGCUUAACAAUUAAGCUCUCCUGUCCUCUCCCGAUCUUAAUCUGAAAUUUGUUGAAUGUUUUUGCAGUAGAGAAAUGAAGCAAAGGAUUGCUAUGACAACGUCCAAAAGGUACCUUCAUGAUAUCCAAGGUGAGACUUAUAGAACAGGGUGGUAAUCAAUGUAUAAAUAUCUAAAAUACAUGCUGGAAUAAAGAGAAAAAUCACUAAUUGUGGUAAUUUUUUUCUGCCAUUUGUUUGCAGGUAUACCGGAUUUUGUCACCAAACACCUUUAA